AUGAUCGGAGCGAUCGUCCCAUAUGUCAGUAAGAUACGCAGGUCGUAUCAAUCAAACGACCUUAUCGACCGACUUAAUUACCAGUAUACUGCUAUGUUGGUCGCACUUGGAGCUAUUACAUUAGCUGCUACUCAAUAUGUAGGGAAGCCGAUACAGUGUUGGGUGCCUGCACAGUUCACCGGAGCCUGGGAGAAAUAUGCGGAGACCUACUGUUUCAUCAAGGGAUCGUACUUCUUACCAGAUGACGAGCAUCCCAAUGAGGAUUUCAUUGAGAGAGAUAAUGCUGUUAUCGGUUACUACCAAUGGGUGCCAUUGAUGUUAGCUCUGCAGGCAUUCUUAUUCUAUGUUCCAUGUAUUGUUUGGAAAGCACUGAACUGUUCCACAGGUAUCAACGUGAAAGAUGUCCUGGAAAAUACUGCCAAAGUCAAGAAGAAUGUAACUGUUAAGGAAAGAGAAAAUCAGGUUUCCAAAGCUGCUACUCAUCUACAAGAAGCUCUUGAACUGCAAAGAGAACUAAAAUCAGAGGCUGGAAUGCUGUCAAAAAUGCGAAAAUCUGGAUUUUACUUGUCGGCCGUUUAUGUAUUUACGAAAUUCCUCUACGUCUUCAACAUCUUUGCUCAAUUCUGUAUCUUCUCUGCAUUCCUCGGCACUAACAACUCCUUCUGGGGAUGGGAGAUUUUCAGAGAUAUCUGGAGCGGACGUGAAUGGAAUGUGACUGGACAUUUCCCGAGAGUAACAAUGUGCGAUUUUACGGUUCGCGUACUUGGCGCUCUUCAUCGCUGGACCGUUCAAUGUGUUCUAAUGAUAAACAUGUUCACCGAAAAGAUCUACGUUUUCCUCUGGUUCUGGUUCAUUUUAGUUGGAGUGUUAUCCGUCAUCUCUCUCAUUUACUGGCUGAUCGCCUUAGUCGGCACCAACUUUCAACGUGGUUUUGUAACAAAAUAUCUUCGAUGCAUGGGUGAGAUUAACGAGCCACCAUCUCGAAUUGAAGAAGAGAAAGUGGGCGGAUUUGUCCGUAACUAUCUCACUUCCGAUGGCGUUUUCCUCCUUCGACUUAUCCAGACCAACGGCGGCGACAUGCUUGCUGGUGAGAUCAUCGCUGCCAUGUUUCGUCAGUACAACGAGCGUCGAAAGGCGCCAAUGUCCGAGGAUUCGUUCGGUGACUCGCCUGACACAACUGCGACGUUACCGCGUCCCUCCAGUGCCACCUUGAAGUUGCUUGCUGUUGUUUAUCAUAUACGGUUGAAAUCGACUUUGAUUCGAAGGAAAACAAAGUUGUUCACGAUGGAAAAUAACUACUACUGGAAUUCUCCUUUCUCUUCUAGCAGCACUGUCAACGGAUAUGUACCCGCCGCAGCGCAGAACACCCGCGCUGGAGUUGGUUACACGAUGCGAAACGAUCAAGUACCGACGAUGGGAAUGAACCAAGGUGGCACUAGGGAGGUUCUUCGCGCUCCUUACAACGCGUAUUUCAACUCUCAACCGAACACUGCUACGCAAAGCUGGACAUCUUCCCCUGGAGGUGGAUCUAUGGUGCAGAACAAUCAGGUGCGCACUGGAGGUAUGAACGAAGGUGGUAGUGGACAGGUGCUUCGAGCUCCUUACCAAGUGUAUUUCAAUUCUCAAACGAAUGCUUCCAUGCAGGGUCAAAUGCCUUUUGCCGGAGCUGGAUCUUCGAUGCAAAACAACCAGGGACGGCUCACGGAGAUGAAUGCAAGUGGCGUUGGUGAGGUAGCCCGAACUCCCUACCAAAUGUCUUUCUAUCCGCAAACGAACACUCCCAUGCAGAUGCCUUUGGUAACUCCCAACACAGGUGGAACUUCGUUCCAAAACUAUCAGCAGCGAACUGCAGAUAUGACUGGAGGCGUCAACGGGGAGGUGUACCGAUCUCCCUACCAUUCAUUUUUCCAUCCACAAGCGAACACUCCCAUGCAGGUGUCGUUGGCACCUCCCAACACAGCUGGAACUGUGGUCCCAAAGAUAGAGGAACCUACUAUGGAGAUGAAUUACGGUGGCAUUGGAGAUGUGUACCGAACUCCCUACCAAAUGACUUUCAAUCCUCAAGCAAACUACCCCAUGCAGACCUGGAUGUCUUCCCCCAUGGCUGGCUCUGCGAUGGUAAAGGUUGAGAAUCCUGCAACGAUGAUGAACGGAGGUGGCAUUGGAGAUAUGUACCGUACUCCCUACCAAAUGACUUUCGAUCCUCGAGCUUAUGUACCCAUGCAGAUGUCCUUUAUGCAGACUAGACCAGCGACUAUGAUGAUAAAGUCUGAAGAGCCUGCAGAGAUGAACGGAGGUGACGCCGGAGAGGUGCAGCGAGCUUCCGACCAAAGGUCUCCCAAUCCUCGGCCAAGCAGUCCCAUGCAGCUGUCAUUGACGCCCCCUACUAGCACUGGAAAUACGGUAGAAGACGAUGACGAACCGGCUGAAGUGAAGGAGAUGAAAGAGGAUAGUGAUGGAAAAGUGUCUUCCAAUACCUCUCAAACUUCUUCACCAUCUCGAGCAAAAUCUCCCGAACGUCUUUCGAAUCCAGCUCCACCGGAGCGAUAUGAUGUUAAUCUCAGAUUUGAAAGGAAGCCCCAUAUAGAUCAAAUAAUUCGCGGUGACUGCAGUAAGAAGGUGCAACUACUGGUCGAUUACCUUGUGGCUAUCAUCAACAGAGCUGAAUCCAUGGAUGCCAGAGAUAAUUAUUUUGUUGGAACAGCAUUGCGAGAACAUGUGAAGUCAAUCAUAAUGCAAGCAUUAACUGGCCAUAUGAGCGCCGAAGAGUUUGCACAUGUUCUUGAAGAUGUCGUCAAAGUCCGACCGUUUGACAGUGAUUUUAUCAAGUUUCUGAAAACAGCUAUUCCUCACCUCUCACGUGCUUUCAUUAAAGGAGAUGUGCUUAUCGAUCAUUUUUUGCCUAGUCCCGGUAUGUACAGGGAACCUUUCGUUGAUGUCCCUUUCGAUAUCUGUUAUCUGUCGAUGAUAUGGCGUGAUUACUAUGAUCUGUUAGUUAGGAAUGGUGAAGCACCGCCUAUCACUCAACAGGUCGCUAUUGCACUUACUCAUUAUGAUAUUUUACAUAGUGAUUCGUCGGAAUCCACUAUCAAAGAAGGAUUAAUGGAUAUGAAGAGUAUUGAUGGAUCUGAGCAUGAUGGGAAUAUGUCAAGUCCUGAUCAUGGUCAACACAAUUCUAGCAUGGAUGUCGACGAUGUUGCUGAGGAACUGAAUAAAGCCAACAUGACAGAUGAUCAUGAUGAUGAUAAAGAUGAUCAUGAUAGUGAUGAUAGUGAUAGUGAUAGUGAUGAUGAUGAUGAUGAUGAUGAUGAUGAUCCAACUUACGAUCCUUCAACCGAUUACUGA